AUGUCGAGAAACAAGGCUGCUUGGCUUACGCGUGCAAAGAACUAUCCAUUCAAGGUUGACGAUGCCCCGUUUCCGACUGCCGGGCCAGGCGAGGUAGUCAUCAAGAACAUAACAACUGCUCUGGAGAAUCCUGCAGAAUGGAAGAUCCAGGAUAUGGGCAUCAUCGUGCAGAAGUAUCCCACAGUUCUCGGAGCAGAUGCAGCAGGUCUCAUCGAGGAGGUUGGCGACGGCGUGACACAUCUCAAAAGAGGACAACGGGUCAUAGGGUACUGUACCGGGCUAGGCAAGCAGAACCACGAGUUUGGAACCUUUCAGCUCUACAGUAAAGCAGACGCGAACCUUGUCUCCCCCAUCCCAGGUGACAUGAGUUUCGAAAGCGCCUCAGUCUUACCUCUCGCUAUCGCAACAGCUGCAGUAGGACUCUACAAGAAGCAGCAUCUCGGGCUACCACUCCCAUCUCACAACCCGCGCCAAACGGGCAAGACGGUCCUGAUAUGGGGCGGUGCGUCAUCUGUAGGAGGUACUGCGGUGCAGUUGGCCGUCGCAUCAGGGCUCAGAGUGGUUACCACGGCUUCACAGCGCAACUUUGACAAGGUGUUGGAGCUGGGAGCUGAGGUGGUCCUUGAUUACCACUCUGAUACCCUAGUCCACGACGCGUUGAAGGCAUUGUCUGGGGCGGAUCUUGUCGGUGUGUACGAUGCCAUCUCGGGCCCAGAAUCGUUAGAGCCCAUUAGUUCAAUUUUGGAUCAAAUUAGGCGAUGUAAGGUCACAGUUGUGUUACCAACGGAGGACGACUAUGGGAAGAACAUGGAUAUUAGCAUGAUGACUGCCUAUCAGAUAACACAAGACGCAGAGGAGGUGCAGAAUCCCGUGUGGAGAAAUUUUGUUCCGGGUGCUCUUAAGAACGGCCAGCUAAAGCCGAAGCCGGACCCUGAGGUAGCUGGCAAAGGCCUCGAGUCGAUCCAAGCUGGACUUGAUGUGUUGAAGCAGGGCGUAUCUGCUAAGAAGUUAGUUAUCCAGCUCUGA